GCGGGUGGGGCGGGGGCUCCGCAGUUCCCACGUGCAGCCCGCCGGGCGCCGCUCGCACUGCACACGUGCAGCUGCACCCGCGGGCCGAUCCGCCUUCCACGCGGGCAGACCGGCCCUGCAGGGCUUCCCGGGCCCGCACCGGCCGCGGGAGGAGCGGAGCUCGCCGGUCCCUGCCAAGAGAGCCGGGCCGCCACCACCGCGCUUGGGACGCCGCCGGGCCGCGAGGGAAGGAGCCGGCCGGCCUCCGCGCGCGCCCCCAGGGGCGUGCCCGAAAAUCCUGUGCGCGCAGCGGAAGCGGAAGCGGCGAGGAGCUGCCCGGGCUGCUGGCUGCGCGGCGUGCGGAGAGCGCCAUGGCCGAGGCGGGCCCCCCGACGGAGGCGGAGCGCGCCCUGCGCCGCCGCCUGCCCCGCCGCCUGCCCCGCCGCCGGAGCGACGUGUACGUGAACAUGAAGACGGACUUCAAGGCGCAGCUGAGCCGCUGCCAGAAGCUGCUGGCGCCGGGCGCGGGCGGCGGCGGCGGCUGCGCCGAGCUGUGCAUCCACGGCCUGGGCCUGGCCAUCAACCGCGCCAUCAACAUCGCGCUGCAGCUGGAGGCCACCGGCGGCGGCGCCCUGCGCCUGGCGGCCCACACCUCCACCGUGGAGCUGGCCGACGCGGCCGAGCCGGAGGGCGACAGCGACGAGCCGCAGGCGCGCACCCGCAACAACUCCGCCAUCCACAUCCGCGUCUGCCGCGCCGCGCCCCACUGAGCGCGCCCCCGACGGGAGCCCCGGGGCGGCCGGGCCGGGCCAGAAAGGCUUCCCGGGGCUGGGCGGGGCCGCGUUUCCGGGGCGCCCGGCUGUGGGCGCUUCUCCCGGGCGGGGCUGCUCGGCUGGCAGCGCCCCGGGGGCGGCCCACCCCGUCGCCGUCGGCCCCCGGCUGCAGGGCGAACGGCGCCUCGGGGGCUCGAGCGAGGCUUGGGGGAGGCCUCGGCCAGACCGAGCCCCGGGGCGUCGCUUCUGCCGCCGAGCGCUGCCUGCUGGCCAGGGCGCCCGCUCCGCCUCCGGUGGCUUCUGGCCCUCAAAGCCUCGGAGGAGGAGUUCAGCCUCGGGGCCUUUCUUCCCGCGGGCGGACUGCGGCUGCUGGCCAGGGCGAUGCCGGCACUUCCGAGGGCGCCUCCUGGACCGGCCUCUUCACUUCCGCGUCCCCGCUCUGUGCACACAAUCUGGGGCAGCCCUCGGGACUUUUCCGGGCAAAAAAAGGUGGCUCUGGAAGCACACGGGCUGCUCCUGUAAGAUGGCUUCCGGCAUGACUUGCGUUGCAGAAGCCUCCUGCACUCGGGUACUCGGCAAAGCCGGUGGUUCUCAGCUAGAACCUCCCGGACAAGCCUGUCGGUGGCCGGGUCCGAUGUACACGGAAGGCUAGGCUGCCUGCCAGCCCUGUGCAAAACAGGCAUUCUCCAGGAAGCAGAGCUGUUGUGGGUCGAGCAAAGAGAGGGCACACAGAGCAUGACUGGCGCUGGAGGGUGCUGCAUCUGCCCUUCUGGCCCCUCCUUGCUCGCGCUGCCUCUUCUUCUGUGCUUGUUGGGGGUGGGGGGGAGAGGGUGUCCAUGGUUCUCACCCCUUUGCUUGUGAACAGAACUGUUGGGGGGCUGUUAGAUCUCAAGUUCACGGGACUUUGUCUCCCAUUAAUGCUUCUAUUUUGCCUGCGUGGGGGGGAUCUGGGGGAAGGGGCCGCAUGGUGCAAGCAAAGCUAUCUUUCUGUGGGGGGGGGGAGGUGCGGGUUUGAAUCUUGGCCACGAAUCCCAAGAGCAUCUUCUCCGUCUUGUCCUCGCAUUUACGUGUUGGAAGACAGCUUUAUCAGGCUGUGUCGGAAAUAACUUUUUCCACCGGACUGGCAUUCUCACACGGCCAGUCAAAAUGUGUUUGCCAUGUGUGUCCUGACACAAUCUUCUGAUAAGAUAGGGGAUCCCAAAACAUUUCCAGUGGCACAAGAAGCGGCUCCUACGUGCCCUUGGAGAUCCAGGGAGUGGGGCAUGUGGGGAGUCGGUUGCCAUGGAGAAGAGGCCCCUCUCAAUGUGGAGGCACCCUUUCUUGCAUUCCUGAACGCAGGGGAAUGGAGGUAGCGCAGUGUAGAGGGGGCAGCCUUCUGUGUAUGUGUGGAAACUCUUGGCUAUUACUGCAGAUAUUCUCCAUGGCCAAGUUUUAUCACAGGAAAUUAAGUCGGGGGUUCCCUGGCUCGGGUUGGGCCUCCGUUCAGCCUGCUGUUCAGAAUUCUGUGAUCCGAAGGAGCCCCCGGGAUUCUCCCUGACACUUAGUACCCCAUUUUCCCAGGAUGCUCCCGAGAAAGAAUUCUUGGGGGAAGGGUCCACAAUGUGGCUCCCCAGACUGGCAAGAAAAGUGUCCCGGGGCAGUGGAGGACUUUCCUGCAUCCCCUCCACUCCAGAGGCAGCGGCGGAAACCUGGAUUCUGAGCGAAGACUUCAAGUUGUGGUAGCAUAAAGGUUAAGUGGCUGGACUGUGGAUCAGCCCUCUGCUGGUUCGACUCCCACUCUCACCACGAGCUCAGCCGGCAGCCUUGGGGCAGCCCCUCCUCUUCGCCCCGCUCUCCAGCUGUGUUGUGGCGAUAAUAAUGACACAGACUUUGUUCACCACACUGAUUUGUCUAGGAGAGUGGUAUAUAAGUGCAUUUAUUAAGUGUUACCAAAUCAAGGCAUGAUUUAUUUGAAAACUGCACGAAGCCAAGGUACUCUGCAGUUGGCUAGACACACUCUCCAUGGAGCCUCCUAGUGUGAGGGGAAAGAAUUCCCAACAACGGGAUGGGUGCAAGAGACGGUAUCAAAAUCUGUUCCGGACUUUACCUUUGUUUUUAAGCAGCUUUUCUUUAUGUCCCUUAGAUUAAAUAUGAUGACUUUCACGCAUGUACAUGCAACAAAACUGGAUUGGAAUAAAUAGUAAACUAAU